AAAAAGCCAAGAGCCUGACUAGGGCUCCUUCGGCUUGGAUCUCGGAGUUCCGGACGUUCAAAGCUAACUGGGCAAGAAGUGUCUGCUUAUUGUAGAGGCCCCUGUUAUCGUGGAGGAGUGCGUAUACUUGGGAAAAAGUCUUUCUUUCAGUCAAGAUGAGCGAUAAGCCAGACUUGUCCGAAGUGGAGAAGUUUGACAGGUCAAAACUGAAAAAAACUAAUACUGAAGAAAAAAAUACCCUCCCCUCAAAGGAAA